AUGGCUCUCUUCCCUGCUAUCCCUCUCUCUCCUGUUUGGAAUUAAUCUCGCGUUGGUCAGCUUUACCUUUACCUUUACCAAAUCUUCGUCCUUAAAAAGAAAGACAACCCAUCAUCACCAACUUUAACUUUUGUUUCCUCCAUUUUCUUCUCUUCUUCUCUGAGUCAAAUUCCUUUACUUCAUCAACAUUCAUCUGCCGUCCUUCAAUCUCUUCCAUUUAUUGUAGGUGCCUGUAAAAGAAGAUAAUUUGUUUGAAGUUGAUUCAGUAAACAUGAUUAUCUGAUUACAGAAAUUCUGAGGCUAUUCUGUGGAACUGUGUAAAGAGAAUGGCAGCAGAAGAACAUAUUGACUUAUCAGCUUUAAAGUAUCGACUAGGUGAAAAAAAUCCAUUGUGGAGAAAGGAAAUGGCAGCAGAGGAACAUGCUGACUUAUCAGAUUUGAAGUCCGGGUUGGGCGAUAGAAAUGCAUUAUGGAAGGAGGAGAUGGAAAGAUGUGAAUCUCAAGUGAAUGUGUUGCAAGUGAAAUAUAUGGAGGUAAAAGCCUCUAUUGAUGGAUAUGAAGAGGAGUCAGAUAAAGAGUUGGAUACUCUAUGGAGGAGAGUGAAAACAGCUUCAACUUUAUUAACCUAUUUGAAGACCAGGGCAAGAACGAUGGCCGUUCCUCACUUAGCACAGGUAUCCUGUGGGAUAAAGCAGUUGGAAGGGGUAGGGCUUGUUGACAAGGAUGGAAUUCCAUUGUCUAGUUGGUCUAAGAAUAUUUAUCUUCCUUCUUCUGAUAGUUCUCGUGAUGGAACAGAUACUGGAACUAGUGACCAAAGUGGUGUCAUUCAUGAUAAAGAUGGAGCCUAUGUGUGUGAUCUACUAAACUCUGCGCAUACAGUUACAAAUGUGAUGGAGACUCUAGUUAAAAGGGUCCUAAUCGCGGAGUCUGAAGCGGCUAUUGAGAAGGAGAAAGUAAACUUCAGUCAAGAAGAAAUCAAGAAGAAAGAAACUCAACUUGAAAGCAUGUCUCUGAAGCUGGAGGAAAUGGAAAGAUUUGCUUUUGGAACUAACUGUAUUUUAAAUGAGAUGCGCCAGCGAGUGGAAGACUUGGUUGAAGAGACAUCUAGGCAAAGACAGAGAGCUGCAGAAAAUGAGCAGGAACUUUCUCGUGUAAAGCGUGAUUUUGAGUCUCUGAAAUCAUAUGUUAGUAGUCUCAUCAGCGUGAGAGAAACACUUAUUUCGUCUGAGAAGCAGUUCCAAACUAUUGAAAAGCUCUUUGAACGGCUGGCUGCCAAAACGACCCAAUUGGAGGGGGAGAAAAUGCAAAAAGAAGCUGAAGUACAGAACCUAAUGGAAGAAAAUGUGAGGUUGCAUGCUUUAUUAGACAAGAAAGAAGCACAGCUAUUGGCCAUGAAUGAACAAUGCAAGGUGAUGGCCCUGAGUAAUAUCUAGACUUGGGGAAUAUCGUUUGCAGAUCUUUCAAUUUGGUCGAGAUCUUAUGUCCCAUUCGAUGUCUUAUUUUGUAUCCCGCCCCUUUCUAAUUUUGACGCCUUAUCAAUCUAAAAUGAUUUUCCUUGUAUAAUUAGAAAGAGAGGGUGAUGGGUGAAGAUGAGAACUACUUGGUACAAAAGAUGAGAUACCAAGUGGGGUAGAGGAUUCCUUCUGCUCCUAAUUGUGUUGUUUGCUUUCUUUAUCCUGUACUUUUGUACAGCUGCUUAGCUCCUCCAUUUUUGGAAGCAGAGUUGAGCAACGAAAAAAUAUUCCAUUUUGAUUUGCUAUUUCAUUUUAUGUAGCAUGAAGGAAAAGCUGCAACAAUUGUACUCUGUAGUGAAUCAACUGUUGUAAGCAUUGAAGUGGAUUAUCUGUUCAAUCAAUGCAAAAAUGCUCCCUGUUUUUCUCUGAA